CCCACUACAACCAUCACAUUCGACGACGACAGCUCAUGUCACCGUUUGGGGAUUGUUUAAAGCCCGCAUACCUUUAAUAUGGACUUGGGAGAAGCAGGCGACUCGCCUUGGGGCGAUGUCCCUUCGCAAUCAUCAAAACCUCCCUUUGAGCAAGAUGAUUCGGUACUCAAAUUGCAAGAUGCGGAGUCCUCCCAGUCAUUGCAAACGUCAGUGAAGUCAUCAACGACCCGUGGCCCGCGAAAGCCAGUCCGCCGCCUCCAGGCUCAACCAACGACUCUCCAAGCCGACGACCCCUUGGGCCCAUUGGGACCCUUGGGGGACAAUGCUACACCUGGAGCAAUUGCGCAAGCCGACGAGCCGCCUGUCCCACCACAAAAGGAACAGAUGGUGAUCCGGACGACGAUGCCUCAAUCUGCGCAACGUCGAGCCGGGCCGCCUGAUCCCCAUAACGUCGACAACGAUGAGUACGAUCGACCCACGGGUCCUCGCGCGCCGCCCCCGGUCCAAGCUGCCCAGGCAAGUCCCAUUCGAACCAGCAACCAGCCCAGUAUCAGUCUUGAGCAGGCUGCUAAGCCGAGCUUCCAUAUCACGGUGGGAGACCCACACAAGGUCGGGGAUCUGACAAGCUCACACAUUGUCUACUCUGUCCGCACAAAGACGACGUCGAAGGGAUAUAGGCAGCCUGAGUUUGAGGUGAAGCGAAGAUAUAGGGACUUCUUAUGGCUGUACACCACGAUGCAUGGCAAUAACCCAGGUGUCGUGGUGCCGCCGCCUCCCGAGAAGCAAGCUCUAAACCGAUUCGAGAGCAACUUCGUCGAAUCCCGCCGCGCCGCUUUGGAGAAGAUGCUCAAUAAGAUCGCAGCCCACCCCACGUUGCAACAUGACCCUGAUUUGAAACUCUUCCUCGAGAGCGAGUCUUUCAAUAUUGACGUCAAGCACAAGGAACGCAGAGAACCAAUUCCUGGUGAGAGUAAGGGCAUACUCGGUUCGAUGGGUAUCAGCGUUGGAACCAGUAGCAAGUUUGUUGAACAGGAUGAUUGGUUCCACGAUCGCCGUGUCUAUCUGGACGCUCUCGAGAACCAACUCAAAGCCUUGCUCAAAGCCAUGGACACAAUGGUGAUCCAGCGCAGGGCCAUGGCCGAGUCGGCAGGCGAUUUCUCUGCCUCCCUGCAUGCUCUAUCCACCGUCGAGCUGUCUCCCGCUCUCUCGGGACCCCUGGAUGCACUUUCGGAACUUCAACUCACGAUUCGUGAUGUCUAUGAUAGACAAGCUCAACAGGACGUGCUUACAUUUGGCAUCAUAAUCGAUGAGUACAUUCGACUGAUCGGUAGCGUCAAGCAGGCGUUCCAGCAGCGACAGAAGGCCUUUUAUUCUUGGCACAACGCCGAGUCGGAGAUGCAGAAGCGCAAGGCCACACAGGACAAGUUACUUCGCCAAGGCAGGUCGCAGCAGGACCGUCUCAACCAAGUUGGCGCAGAGGUUGCAGAUGCCGAGCGCAAGGUCCACCAAGCCCGGCUUCUGUUCGAGGAUAUGGGUCGUUUGAUGCGGGCUGAGUUGGACCGAUUUGAGAGGGAGAAGGUAGAAGACUUCAAGUCUGCCGUUGAGACAUUUCUGGAGAGCGCUGUAGAAGCACAAAAAGAGCUCAUCGAGAAAUGGGAGACGUUUUUGAUGCAACUGGAUGCUGAAGAUGACGAGACGGUAUUCUACCGGCCACCAGUUAUUCAGACUGAUGAUAACAAGGGUCGUGGAGACACAGCUGUUGAUAGGGCCAGGGCCCGGAUCCACGAAGACUCGGAUUAAGGCAUGAUGACUUCACAGAAGCAUAUGUAGUAAAAAUAUCCUGUCUCGGUCUCAUCUUGAGGCCAAGUAUUUCAAGUCGGUUGCCAUUGACCGACGUGGGCUUCAAAAAGGAGGAACUGGUCGACGAUGGAAACCUUGGACGCACCAGUCAUUUCCUUGCGCACCAAGGGAGACCAGCCCCCAUUUUAGACAUGCUGAAUUGGUAUGUAUACAUAUUGAGUUGUACAUAUGAUAUAACA